AUGACGAAUCUUACGGAAUGGGAGCAGCAUUUGGAGGCUUUGAAAGAAUACAAAGCAAAGCACAACGACCUGAUCGUUCCACAUGCAUUUGUGCAAGGGAACAUUGCGCUGGGGGCAUGGGUGGCAACGCAACGGCGAUACUGGAGCAAGGGGAAAUUGUCGCAAGAGCGAAUCAAAGAUCUCGAGGCGAUGGAUUUCAUUUGGUGUCCGCGCACCAAGCGGUGGAACGAUCGAUACGAAGAGCUCAAGGCGUUUGUACGCGAACAUAAGCACAUGAAGCCACCACGAGAGACUCCCUUGGAAACAUGGAUUCGCAAUCAGAGAAGCCGACCCGAGUCCCUUUCCAAGGAACAAACCGAAAAGCUCGACGAGCUGGGUUUUGAGUGGGGUUCCAAGGGACGACCGCCGCAAGCAGGAAGUAAUAAUAAUAAGAGAAAGAUGGAGGAAUCAUCAUCACCCGCGGGAAACAAUAAAAUGGCCAAGGUCGGAGCAGAAAGUGACCAAGGACGAGUGCCAACAAAAGUUAUCCCAAACACUGAAUUCAACAACGUGGAUGCACUCCAGAAAGAGCUGGCUGCAGUGGAUGAGGAAAACUUGCGACUCAAGAAGGAAAACUCUGAAUGGAAAAUGAAAGACUUUCGCAGUCAAAAGACAAUUCUCAAGUUGCAAGAAAGAGCGACAGAACUCACGGAAGAAUUGGAGCAAACAAACAAACGGGUCGCUGAGGAGAACGAUGCUUUCAAAAAGAAUGGUGAUAUUCCGGUGCAAGUUGCCGCUCUACAAAACCUUCGAAGAGUGGACAAGGCGAGUCUGGAGGAAGCGCACGCAAGGAUCGAUCGGCUUGAAGCCCUGAUUCGGCGCCAGAAUAGUAGUCGACAACAAGGAAGCGUCAACGAGGCUGAAAAUGAAGCUGACAAAGAGGACGACAAGCAGGACGACAAGGGCGAUGCGAGUGAGAACGUAGGGACUGCAGGGCAAGGCCCAUCAUUAUUUUUGUAA